AUGAUGGUAAUACAAAUUCUUCUAUAUACAUUUGUAACAAUUAUUUUUCUCACAUUUGUGAUUAUUUAUUACAAACUUAUUCAUCCAGAAAAACGCUUGUAUGCUAUAUUUCGUGAACAAGGUGUUAAGUGUGAACCAUUUGUACCAUUAAUCGGGCAACUUCCACAAAUUCGUCGAUCUCGAAAAUUUGGUUCACCCAUGGAUUUUCAUCAAAAAUUAAUUCAAAAACAUGGAAAUAUAUAUAUAUUUGGUUUUGGUCCUGUAGUACGUCUUAUGAUUAAUGAACCUGAUCUACUUGCUGACAUACUUGAUCGAAAAAAUGCACGAAAUUAUACGAAAUCACUAACUGCUCAUAUAAUCUUAGCUCCGAUUAUUGGAGAUCAUAAUUUAUUAGUAGCUGAAGGUGAUGAACAUGAACGUGCACGACGAAUGAUUAAUCCUGCUUUUUAUCAUACGAAUCUUAAAUCAAUGAUUUCAAUUAUGACUGAUCAAACUGCUAAAACUAUUCAAUCAAUACUUAUGACGUCAGAUUCUCAUGAACACAAAAAUCAAUCAAUUGAUCUGCCAAUUCUUUUCAACACUCUUACACUUUCAAUAAUUGUAUCGACUGCAUUUGGUUCAGAUCUCAAAACAGAUACGAAUGCAAAACAUGUUAUGUGUCAAGUAUUUGCCAAUGUAUUGGAUGCUAUUCUAUAUCGUUCGAUGUAUAUGAUAAAUUUAUUACCACUUCUACCAAAAUUACCUUUUUGGAAAAAGAACGUUAUUGAUAAUGGAACUCGAAUGAUAACUGAGUUAGUUAAUCAAAUAAUAGCUGAUCGACGACAAGGACAUUCAAGUAGUCUAUCUAAUGGUCCUGAUCUUCUUGAUUUACUUCUUUCAGCUGUUGAUAAUGAAGGAAAACAGUUUUCGGAUCAAGAAAUUAAAGAUCAAGCUCUUACAUUUGUAUUAGCUGGAAGUGAAACUACUGGUAAUCUUAUGACAUGGAUGUUUUAUGUUUUAAUGACUCAUGACGAUAUUUUUGAAGCUUGUCGAGAAGAAAUCGAUAGAGUUUUACCUAAUGGUAUAGAACCUACGAAUGAAAAUCUUUCAGAAUUAGUCAUAUGUGAAGCUAUAAUCAAUGAAACACUUCGUCUUUAUCCACCGGCACCAUUUUUCUCGCGUCAUUGUAUACAUGAACAUGUUAUUGGCAGUGAACGUCAAUUACGGGUACCUGUUGGAACGACAAUAACUGUCAACAGUUAUCUUCUUCAUCGUCGAAAUGAUUUAUGGCCUCACUCAGAAGAGUUUGAUUAUACACGUUGGAUGCGUGAUCCUAAAACAGGUUUGAAACCAAAAUUACCUCAUCCAUUUGCUUUUCUACCAUUUGCUGCUGGUACACGUGGCUGUAUUGGACAAAAUUUUGCUUUAUUAGAAGCAAAAAUUAUUUUAGCUAUGUUUGUUCAACGAUGUAAUUUUGAAAUUAUACCAGGACAAAAAAUAAUACCCGAAGUUAAAAUUACAAUGCGUCCUAAAUAUGGUCUUUUAGCAAAAAUUAAUAAACGUUAG